AUGGGAAACGUGCUCUCCAGAAACGGCAGCCUGGGAUCGGUACUCGGCAAACGACGUGCUGAUCAUGAGGAUCGCGACAAUGUCAAACGCAUGCGAGCUGAACCAACUGAAACCGAUGCCGGCAUUACAGCCUUUGUGAAUCCAACCCUGCCAGGUUUCCGUGGUAUUAUCAAGUACAGGAUCGAAGAUUUCAUUGUACAAGAAGUCGACCUUGACGGCCAUGUUGUACGGUUAACCAGUCUUGAUGCAAAUGCCAUUGACCAAAAGGAAAAGGAAAUCAAAGCUCGUAUUCCAAAGAUGACCGAAUCAGAGUUUGACGACCACAUUGCUCAGCUGUUUGGCGAGGACCUAUCAAAACAAUUGCGAGCACUAUUGAAUACGCCCAAUGAUACAGAAACCGUGCUGACGUUCGAGUUUACAAGGGAACAACGCUUUGCUUUCUAUGAUGCAUUUGACCAACUCCAUUUGAAAAAGAAGCCAUUGAUGUUUGCCAAGGAAGGAAUAUUGACCGUGAAAUGGCCAAAGGAUGAAACAGAACAAGGCCGUGAUCCUGCCCCAAAUUUCGAAGCAUUGGGUGGCGAAUACCUCCAAUUCCAUGUUUACAAGAGCGGUGUGGAGAAUGCAAAGGCUGUUUCGUGGAUCGCUCAAUAUGCCGGUGUGAAGGAGGGAAAGAUUGGUUUCGCUGGUACAAAGGAUGCCCGAGCUGUUACAGUGCAAGCAAUGACAAUCCAGAAGGCAAGAGUCAAAAACCUGUUACAAGCCAGAGAAGAGCUAAAUGAACGCAACAUUUAUAUUGGUGAUUUCAACUAUGUACCAAAUGGACUUACAUUGGGUGACCUUAAAGGCAAUCGUUUUUCGAUUGUGUUACGUGAUGUGUCAGGCAUCAGUGAACAAGAAAUCGUACGAUCCGUCGAUUCGCUCAAAGAGAAUGGUUUUAUCAAUUAUUUUGGCAUGCAACGUUUUGGUACUGGUGCUAUCAUGACCCAUGAAAUCGGAUAUCAGAUUCUCAAGAAAGAAUUUCAAGAAGCCUGUGAGCUUAUUUUGAAACCACGUCCUGGAGAGCGAACGGAUUUCGAGAAUGCACGCAUCAAAUGGCAAGAAACCAAGGAUCCCGAACAAGUCGCAAAGUUGUUUCCACGUGCUGCUGCCUCAGAAAAUGCUGUGCUUCGAUCUUACACAAGGUUUCCAAACGAUCAUAAGAAAGCUAUCUUGUCCCUUCCGCGAAGAAUGUUGAGCAUGUAUUUACACGCGUAUCAAUCAUAUGUAUGGAAUCACGUGGUAUCCGAGCGCAUCAAACGAUUUGGUUGUGACAAGCCAUUGGUGGGUGAUAUCGUUUUGGAAGAAACCGGCAAUGCAUCAAAGAACAAAUCAUCGGGUCGAGGCCGAGGUCGUGGUCGUGGUCGAGGUGGCAGUGCUGGUCGAAGACUUCCAACUAUGAGAAAGCAGCCCAAGGUGCUUACUGAAGAGGAUUUGGAUUCAUACUCUAUCGAGGACGUUGUGUACCCAAUCCCAGGGCAUCGAACAGUGUAUCCCAAAAAUGAAAUAGGUGACAUAUACCGUGAUCUCCUUGAAAAGGACCAGAUUACAUUUGACAAAUCCGAACAAUAUAUGAAGGACUUGGCUGGUGACUAUCGACCUAUGUUAGCCAAGGCGGAUGAUCUGGAAUGGUCGCUUAUCCGUUACGACGACCCAUGUGCGCCUCUGUGUUACACUGAUUUGGAUAAAAUCACCAAUAAGGAUGAACCAACCAACAUCCCAGAUGGAAAACACCUGGCUUUGCUUAUCGAGUUUACAUUGGGGACUAGCCAAUACGCUACAAUGGCAUUACGUGAGAUUUUGCGUUAUGAUACGUCUUCUAAAGCUCAAGCUAGGCAUGUACAUAAUGAAUAA